UUUUGUUUUGUUUGUUUUUUUGUGUUUGGAAAGUAAAAAUGAAUAAUUUGGAUAGUUCGCUGCAAGCGCACAGCAAAUUGGAAAAGGAGACAACCAAUUUGGCUUUGCUUAAGGAUCGGGUCGAUAAAUAUCAUGACCUGUCUACACAAAUGUCCAGCAUUCUGACCAUUUUUGAGAAGCGUCUGGGUAAUUUGGAGCAAACCAUUUUACCAGUCUAUCAGGAAACAGAACAAUUGCAAAAGCGGCAACAAAAUUUGGAAGCAACGUUAAAUUGUCUGGAGAAUGUUCUGUCGCAUUAUGAUGUCUCCCAGGAGGUGUGCCAGCUUAUACAUCAAGGUCCCGUGGAGGGUAACAUUUCUAUCUUUCUGGAUGCUUUGGCCAAACUGAGAGCCGCGAUGGAUUACUUUCUGCACAAUAACUCACAAAGCGUGGAAUUAGAGAAUGUGACUAGUCUCUUUAAUACCGGAUGCGAGGGUCUUAACCAGCACUAUAGCAUGUUGCUAAAGAAGCAUAGUACACCACUUAAACCAGUGGAACUUUUGGAUUUAAUCUAUAUAGAAGAUGAUUCCUCUAGUGAUGAAUUCACAUCGUUUCGUCAGCUGUCCCAAAGCACCAGAGAAGAGUUAUAUACGAUUUCCCAUUGGUUUGAGCAGAACUUAAGGGAGUACACACACAUCUAUGCCACGGAGAGGGGCGAAGUUGUUUUGCGCUCAUUACAGCUCCUUAAAGAUCAUCAAAAGAGUAGCAGUUGGGGUCACGAAGCUUUGAAACCUCGACAUAGUGGACGACCGAGUGAAACUAAAAAGAACACCUCGGCCCGCUUGCAGCAAAUAUUUGAAAAGAAGGCAAAUAAAUUGUAUUUGCGCGCCACACAGACCAUUGAGCAAUCGACUGGCUUCUCCAUCAAGAAGGCCUCAUCUCAUUCGGAUCAUUUGUCAUCCGAUGGUCCACUGGAUGGCGAUCAGGAACUGGAUAAGUAUUUGGUUAUGUUGUUGGGUCUACAGCGUUUACUUAACUGGGAGAGGGCCAUAAUGUUGGACAUUAUACCCACAUCCAAGCAUAAUGAAGUCUUUGCCCGUUUGGCCUACAAUGCCAUCGAGCUGGUCGUUAAGGAUGCUGAGGCCAUAACCCAACGCAUCCUGAGAUGUAUUUCACGCAAAGAAUGGACAUCCGCUUUGGGUAUAUUUUCAGCAUUGAAACGUGUUAUAUUGCUUCAGCCCGAUAUUGAGCGUACCUACAAUCCCGCACAGCGGGAACAGCUAACCAAGGUACUAAAUAAACUGCAGCAAACUGGUGCCAAGGCAUUGGAACAUUUUCUCGAUGUGGUCAAAGGGGAGUCCAGCACCAAUAUUGUUGGUCAAAGCAAUGUACCCAAAGAUGCCACUGUUCAUGAGUUAACAUGGAAUACCAUUUGGUUCAUUCAACAUUUGUAUGAACAUUUCGAUGUGAUUGGUUCCAUAUUGGCUCAGGAUGUCCUCUAUGCCACUCAGCUGGAGACGAUACUGAUGAAAAAGGAAUUGCCAGGCGACGAGCGCAACAAAGCCAUGUUGGCUAUCUAUAUAAAGAAAGCCCUUGCCGAAUUGAACUUGUCCAUUAUGAAUAAAUGUGAACAAUAUAAUGAUCAGGCCACCAAGCAUCUCUUUCGUCUCAAUAAUAUCCAUUAUAUUCUGAAAUCGCUGCAGCAUUCAAAUCUAAUCGAUUUGGUCACAUUGGCUGAACCAGAAUGCGAGCAUAGCUAUUUGGAAAUGAUACGCGAACUGAAAGCUAGCUAUCAGAAGACAUGGUCCAAAAUGCUUGCUGGCAUCUAUUCUCUAGAUGAACUGCCGCGUCCCAUAAAUGGGAAGGUUAAGGACAAGGAUCGUAGCAUAUUAAAGGAACGUUUUUCGAAUUUCAACAAGGACUUUGAGGAGGCUUGUAAAAUUCAACGUGGCAUCUCCAUACGCGAUGUCAUUUUGCGGGAGGGCAUCAAAAGGGACAAUGUGGAGCAUGUUCUACCCAAAUACAAUCGUUUCUUUGAAAUGUAUGCAGGUGUCCAGUUUAGCAAGAAUCCCGACAAAUAUGUUAAAUAUCGGCCACAUGAGAUAAAUGAAAUGUUAAGCAAAUUGUUUGACGAUUCCGCUUAGUACAUUCCCCCAUUAUAUAUGUUUGUGUGUA